AUGCCAGGUAGCAGCAGUAAAAGUGGAGGGCGGGGUCCAUCCUCUUCACCUCUCCCCCACGCGGUGGUCCUACCCAGCAGACCCCUGAGACCCUCCCGCUAUGUUCCAGUGUCGGCAGCGACCUUCUUCCUGGUUGGCUCCACCACGCUCUUCUUCUGCUUCACGUGCCCGUGGCUCUCGGAGCGUUUCUCAGUAGCAGUGCCCAUUUACAAUGGAGUCAUCUUCCUGUUUGUGUUGGCUAACUUCUGCAUGGCCACCUAUGACCCAGGCAUCUUCCCCAGAGCGGCGGAGGACGAGGACAAGGAGGAUGACUUUCGUGCUCCCCUCUACAAGACGGUGGACAUCAGAGGGAUCCAGGUUCGGAUGAAGUGGUGCUCCACCUGCCGUGACAGGGAAGUUCAGGGGAGGUGUCAACCCUUUCACCAAUGGCUGCUGGAGGAAUGUGUCUCAUGUCCUCUGCAGCUCCCAGGCUCCCAGGUAUCUUGGCAGAAAGAAGUGUGUGCAGAGUGUGAGUGUGCAGCCUCCAUUUCUACGACCACAGCCCACAGAGGCUCAGCUGGCUGCUAAGAUCCUAGAUAACGGAAUCCACGGAGACCUGCACCGGUCCAAGUCCAGUCUUGAGAUGAUGGAAAGUCAGUCAUGUGAUGCAGAGCCGCCACCUCCUCCUAAACCUGAGCUGCGCUACCCUGGAAUCACCAGAGGAAACACGGAGGAGUGUAGUCCGCUAAACAAAGCCCCGCCCACUCCAACAAUGUACAAGUUCAGGCCGACCUACAGCCCGGGCAAGAACCACACGACACUCACUCAUGCUUACGCCAACCAGUUGAGUCGAGGGGAGAGUGUUGGCAGUGCCAGGGACUCCUCCUCCUCCACCUCCUCCCUCCUCCAGGCUAGCCAACAGCCUGGUUUCCGCUCGCAGCCCAGCCUGGACCGAAGGGAAACUUCAACAGAUAGAGUGGGAUGGGGGGGCAAUGGGGAGCAGAGGGAGGCGGGAGGAGGGGGUAUACCCGGGUAUUCCCUUGGCGGUCGCUCCUACCCCUCCUUCUCUGAUCCCACCGUCCUAUCAGAGGUCACAUCACGAUCUUCCAGCUCCACACACACCUCUGCAGGGGCUGUCCCCGUCUACGAGGCAACCACCACCUCAGCCAGCUUCAAGAGCCUAGCCAAUCAGACGCCGCCACCUCACCACCCCUCACGCAAUGGGAGCCUAUCCUACGACAGCUUGCUAACUGGUGGGGAGGACUUAGAGAAAGGCGGGGGGGUUGGUCCAGCAGCCCCUGAGCUUCCUGCUGGGAGACCCUGUACACCAGCAGCAGGUGGCUACAGCUCCCCGUUCCUGUCACAACAGAGAGAGGCUGACCUGCAGUCCCAGUCCUCCCAGUCCCCCCGUCAUCACCACCACCGCCCCUCUCAUCACCACCACCACCACCACCAUCACCACCACCACCCCUUCGUUCAUCGUUCCUCUUCUUCCACGUCUUCUUCUCCACCGCCCCCCCCUGAAAGAGAGUGCCUGCUGGGGGAACCCCACCCCACUGCUCAUAUCCUACCUGCCAAUCAAAGCUCGUCAGUCCCCCCUCCCCCACACCACCACCACCAUCACCAUCACUCCCAUCACCACCACUCUUCCUCCUCAUCCUCCACUGCUCGCCCUCCUCGUUUUGCUCCUACCCACCAUGCCUACCCCUAUCGUACUCGCUCCACAGACACCCCCAUGGGCUCCUCCCCCACAGCCCACCCACCCCACUCCCCACACCCCCCACCACUCGGCAAGUCACUGUCUUACUCCAGUGCGGCGGCUGCCGAAAUGCAGUACCGGCUGAUCCGCAAGGCGGCUGCGUCAGCUGGAGCAAAUGCAGCAGGUGUGGGAGGAGGAGUUCAAGCCCCAAAGGAUGAGCAGAACCAGAUGAGACCUCUGAGUCGGACCAACAGCAGCCAACCCUUCACCAUCACGUCCUCCUCUUGCUCUGCUCCUUCUUCCCCCUCCCACCCGUUCUCUACACCCGCCCUGUCCGGAGUGACCCAUCCGAGUACGUCACUGAUGCCAAGUCCUGCCCACGAGUCUCAGGGAGGUGAAGUGAAAAAGGUGAUGGGGGUCGGGGGCACCACCUACGAGAUCUCUGUGUGAUUGGCUGCAGGACUCCGUAGAGAUCCAGAUUUGGAACGUUUUCUGCAAUCUCUGACUGUUGAGUGAAAAUGGACUGAACCACCUGGCUCCCCCAGACUAAACUAGACGAUCUGUAGAGCCUGGAGUCAUUGAGCCGGAUCGAUUUAGUGGUUUGAUUCUUUGUUCCAACGCUGAAAUGACUUGACCCUUCGACCAGACCGGGUUCAGGUUUAGGGAGGACCUGCUCAGCUUUGUCCACGUCUUUCAUCAGCGAGACUGACAUCUAAAUAGAUGGCGGAGCCAGAUCGGAACACAUUCCAGGGCUCUGACUGGUCAGACUGGUGAAAUCCCAGUGAGUCCCUGUUACCUGUUCACCGGUCGGGGGUCCUGGGUGUAAAUAGACCUGUUUGUACAGAAUGAUGUGUUUUUUUUCCCCUAACAGGUGCUUUUAUCAGACUGGUGCAGUGAUCUGCUGAGCUUGGUUCUGGACCUCCACAGCGGGAGAACGACCAGGAACCUGUUUUUGUUCCUGGCGAUGGGGCAGAAGUUCUAGACAACUCCUUCUUUGAGCAGCUGCCUUGAGAGAUCAGUUUUUAUUUCAGCCUGUUGAUGCGAUGUUUUUUAUGAAUUUGUACGGACAUGUAGCUGAAAAUCAAGUUACUACCGAGUGAAAGAAGCGGUGCGUUCAGGUGCACGCUUCAGGAUGAGAAGAUAAAAGCGCUCUGAGUGGUUGUGGUCUGAAAGGAGCCAGUUUUGGAUCUGCUGUUUAAACCAAACCUUUGUUUACUGGAAAUUUGAGUAAAAUUAUGAAUAUUAACAAAAAUCUCAUGAAAUUGUAUGAAAAGCCGAAAGGUCGGAUUCCAGCAGCUGUGAGACGUGUGGCCAGCACCAGCCUCCCUGCUGCUGCGGUGUCGGGCGGCUCUGGGCUAACCCAGACAUCUGGAACGUCUUUUAUGCCUGAACUUAUUCCAAGGAGAACAAAAACAAGCUAACGUCAUCUCCUUUUUGACCUGACCCCAUUGGUCCUGGUCUCGUCGCUGCCUUACUGGCCACGCGUGUUGCAGAGCGGCGGACGUGGGGAUUUAACGCCACUUCCUGUGAGGUGGUGGUAGAGCGGUGGAGUCCCAGCUGUAAUAUAUUUGUGUACAACAACGAGAGUAAAACACCAAACAUUAAAAUGGUAACUUCUAUUGUCUGUUG